AUGGAAGCGCCGGAUGGUGGACCAAAAGGUGACCGCGUAUGGUGUGACGGAUGCUAUGACGUAGUGCACUUUGGCCAUGCGAAUCAGUUGCGGCAAGCGAAGCAAUUCGGCAAAAAACUAAUCGUUGGUGUCCACAAUGAUGAAGAGAUCUCUCUACAUAAAGGCCCUCCACUAUUCACCGAGCAGGAGCGCUAUCGAAUGGUUGAAAGCAUCAAAUGGGUAGAUGAGGUGGUUGAGGAUGCUCCCUAUGUAACAACAGUGGAAACUCUGAACCGCUACGAUUGUGAUUUUUGUGUACAUGGAGACGACAUCACUCUCACUGUUGAUGGUAAAGACACCUACGAGGAAGUGAAAAAGGCAAAGCGCUAUCGUAUGUGUAAGCGAACAAAUGGCGUUUCAACUACGGAUAUCGUUGCGCGAAUGCUUUUUCUCACGAAAAAUCAUCACGUGCCCGAAGAGAACAUGGACGAGCAUCUCGAACGAGCUCGCACGAUGAGCACGGAUAGCGUGGCGGAGUCGCCGUGGACGCGCGUUUCGCGCUUCGUGGCAACGACAAAAACAAUUGUAGAGUUUGCUGAAGGACGAGCUCCGAGGCCAACUGAUAAGAUCGUAUAUGUUUGUGGUGCUUUUGACUUGUUCCACGUUGGACAUCUUUCCUUUCUAGAAGAAGCAGCUAAACUGGGCGAUUACCUUAUCGUGGGUAUAUUAACGGACCAGGUAGUUAAUGAGUACAAAGGCAAAAAUUAUCCAAUCAUGUCGCUGCACGAGAGAGUACUGAGUGUUCUUGCGUUUAAGCCAGUGAAUGAGGUUGUGAUUGGAGCACCGUAUAACAUUACUGAUGAAUUCAUCGAUCGAUUCAAUAUCUCUGUAUGUUUAUUUGCUAUAAAGAACGAAGGAUAG